GGCCUCAGGUUGUCCGCUGCUCGGCGCUUCCACACAACUCUUUAAUGUCUCAAUCCGGCGUGAGGAGCCCACCUGACGCUCAGUGCUGACGAAAACCAGCCGCCGCGACGGUUCGGUGUGCGGAGCCUGCCCACGGUUACUACAAGGAGGCCCGGAUUUGCGGUUGUUGGAGCGGUUUUCACGGGAGAAGUGGCUCAGUCAGACCGUGACUGACGCAGCAGUGUUGCGACAGUAGUCGCUCUCCGUCUACCUCCAGUCCUCAGUGCCUCGCUGCAUGACCUCACACAGCAGAUAGACCCAACGAGGGGAAACGGCCCCUUCCUCACCCCGGACCCCUUCCUCUGCACUCCUGACGGUGACACUUGGUCGCCACAGCCUUCUCCUCUUGGCCUUCAGCUCGUCUCCAGCAGAAGGAGCAGUGGAAUAUUUCCCUCACAGGAGCUGAACACCUCCACUCGGGCCAGUGGAGGUGUUGAAGAGUUGUCCCCCCCUCCCCCUCCCCCCCAUUCAUCCCUUUGAAUCUUUGAGAAUAUAUAUUUUUUUUUCUCCUGGUUGGCUUGAGUCCGGUUCUGCCGGCCGCGUGACUUUUCAAAACUGGGGCGCGAUUCAUGGGAUGCAACCAUGUCGGAUCUCAGUGAGCGCAGGCCGGUCAACACGGACUACGCUGUCUCCCUGCUGGAGCAGCUCAAGUUCUUUUACGAACAGAAAUUACUGACUGACGUUGUGCUGCUGGUGGAGGACACAGAGUUCCCAUGUCACAAGAUGGUCCUGGCCACGUGUAGCUCCUAUUUCAGGGCGAUGUUCAUGAGCGGCCUCAGCGAGAGCAAACAGACCCACGUCCACCUGAGGAAUGUGGAUCCAGCCACGCUGCAGAUCAUCAUCACCUACGCCUACACGGGCAACCUGGCCAUCAGCGACAGCACGGUGGAGCCGCUCUACGAGACCGCCUGCUUCCUGCAGGUGGAAGACGUCUUGCUGCAGUGCAGAGACUAUCUGGUGAAGAAGAUAAACGCUGAGAACUGCGUCCGCAUGCUGAGCAUCGGCGACCUCUUCAGCUGCAGCGAGCUAAAGCAGAGCGCCAAGCGAAUGGUGGAGCACAAGUUCCCCAUGGUGUACCGACAGGAGGCCUUCCUGCAGCUCUCCCACGAGCUGCUCAUAGACAUCCUGAGCAGCGACAACCUCAACGUGGAGAAGGAGGAGACGGUGCGCGAGGCGGCCAUGCUGUGGCUGGAGUACAACAUGGAGGCGCGGUCGCAGCACCUGUCCUCGGUGCUCAGCCAGAUCCGCAUCGACGCCCUGUCGGAGGUGACGCAGCGAGCCUGGUUUCAGGGGCUGCCGCCCAACGACAAAUCUGUGGUGGUCCAAGGCCUCUACAAGUCCAUGCCCAAGUUCUUCAAGCCUCGGUUAGGCAUGACCAAGGAGGAGAUGCUCAUCUUCAUGGAGGCCAUGUCGGAAACGCAGGGCGAGGUGUACGUGCUGUCCACGUCGGUGCCUACUACGGUGGUGUGUUACAGCCCGCAGGCGGAGAAAGUCUACAAGCUCUGCAACCCCCCAGGAGACCUGCAGAAGGUGGGAACCCUCGUUACUCCGGACAACGAUGUGUUCAUCGCCGGCGGACAGAUUCCUCUCAAAAACUCUAUCACCAACCACGGCAAGAGCGGCAAGUUUCAGGCCGUCUUCCGCUCGGUCGACAGCUUCUUCUGGUUCGACGCCCAGCAGAACUCCUGGGUGCCCAAAACCCCGAUGCUGUGUGCCCGAAUCAAGCCCUCGCUGGUCUGCUGCGAAGGCUACAUCUAUGCAAUCGGCGGCGAUAACGUCGGAGGGGAGCUGAACAAGCGAACGGUGGAGCGCUACGACUGCGAGAAGGACGAGUGGAGCAUGAUGAGCCCGCUGCCCUUCGCCUGGAACUGGAGCACCUCGGUGGUGGCGCACGACUGCAUCUACGUCAUGACCCACGACCUGAUGUACUGCUACUUCCCCCGAGCCGACACCUGGGUGGAGAUGGCCAUGCGCAAGACCAGCCGCUGCUUCGCGUCCGCCGCCGCCUUCGGCGACCUCAUCUUCUACAUCGGCGGCCUCCACGUGGUCAGCAACUCCGGCAUCCGCCUGCCGACCAGCACCAUCGACGGCUCCUCGGUCACCGUGGAGAUCUACGACGUCAACAAGAACGAGUGGCGCCUGGCUGCCAACAUCCCGGCCAAGCGCUACUCGGACCCGUGCGUCCGGGCCGUGGUGCUGCUCAACUCGCUCUGCAUUUUCAUGCGCGAGACCCACAUGAACGAGCGCGCCAAGUACGCCAUCUACCAGUACGACGUGGAGCUGGACCGCUGGCACCUGCGGCAGCCCGUGUCCGAACGCGUGCUCUGGGAUCUGGGGAAGGACUUCCGGUGUGCGGUGGGGAAGCUGUACCCCUCCUGCCUGGAGGAGUCCCCCUGGAAACCCCCAACCUACCUCUUCUCCCCCGACGGAGCCGAGGAGUUCGAGGUGGACGGGGAGCUGGUGACCCUCCCUCACGUAUAGCUCUUAAGCUCCCCUCCCCUACCUCACCUCGCUGACUGAACCUAGACUGAGGGACGAACAUGAAGGGGGGGGGACAUCGGAUCUCUUAGAAAUGAAAGGGUUUGACGUUAUCCGUGUCGUGGAGGGAUCUCUGGACUUUGGAGGCUGUUACUGACCAAACAGUGCAGCCGUGAAAAGAAAAAACAAGCUUGGAGCGAGAAGAUGCCCCUCAACAAUACUAGUAAUCUGAAAAAUUCUGUUUUUGGUUCUUUUUUUUUUUUUCCUCCUUCUUAUUUUGUCAGUCGUGACACCUGUUAGAUAUUCUUGCGUCUGUCAUACUGUUUCUACAAUGUGAUAAUCUAAACGUCAGCUGAUUUUGUGAUGAUGAUGAUGAUGAUGAGGAUGAUGAUGAUGCACUUAACUGGUAAAACCUUCUCGUAAAUGACAAUGGCAACUGUACCAAAAUCCACCAGCCCCCUUCUUUCAGAUCGUGGCUUCCCUCUCUUCCCCUCUUCUCCUCUUCCUCCUCCUCUUCCUCUUCUCUCAUUACUGAUAAAGGAAUACUCCGCGAAAAACCCAAACAUUCACCAUUUUUGCUGAUAAAUGGUUAAACACGCGAGCAACUGAUGAUUUGGUGUCAAACUACGAGCUCAGAGGUCAAUAAUCAACCUUUAAGUUCAGCGGUUAACGUGAUAAUAAUCUGAUUUAUCCACCAAAAGCCACAAAACGCACUCGACUGUUUGUCAAACUGCAGCGUGACGAGUUUUCUGGUGAACUGGUCGUUCUUAUUGUGUUUGUAAAGGAAAAAAAACUGCGAAAAUAUUCAGUUUACAGUGAGAUAAAACAGCAAAUCUUCACAUUUUCAGUGCUGAAACCAGAAAUCGUGGAGUUUGAGGAAAUAUUUGUGCAGGUUUUGUCAAACUACGAAGUCGUAGGUCAGUAAUCGACCUUCAUGUUCAGCUGUUAACCUGAUAUCAGCCACAAAAUACAGAUUAGUUUUAAAGCUUGACAAGUAUUCUGGUAAUUGUUUAAUAUCACAGUUUAUGAAACAGAAAAACAAACUGCAGAAAUAUCCGGGUAGCUACGAUGUAAAACCAGAGAACGUUUUCAUUUCAGAUAUUCUGACCUUCACUUUUCAUCAUCGUAAACAAGCCUCAGAUCCUCUUCUGCUGCUGUGAUAAACGGCCUUUAAUGGAGCCUUAAUGAACCAGAACAAGCAGUUUGAACACUUCAGUCAGAGAAGAACUGAACUGAAAUCUAAAGAUGUUCUUAUGAUUUACAACCAACCAGCAGGUAACGUUUUCAGGAGAGUUAAAAACUUCUUUUCACCAGAAAUCAGAGAAAUGAUGAGCUGCAGUCUUCAUACGUUGCUUUAGAUUCUCCUGACAGCUACAUGGAAACAUGACCAGAACAUGUUUGUGCAGGUUUGGACCUUUACGCUAUGAAUUUAGUUUUAAACCACUAGUUUGUUGGUAAAUAAUCAACCUUCAGUUAACAUGAUAUCAGUCGAUUCUGUCCACAGACGGCCACAAAAUGCAGCUGAAAGUUUGACCUGAAACGGAAAAAACUGUCCAAAACUGCAAAAAUAAUCA